UGUAUAAAAACAUCUUCUUUUUGUACACUAAGAGAAGCAAUGCUGCCCUCUAGUGUUCGUAAAGUCCGUAAUCAUCACAUGUUCCAAGUUCUUUAAACACAGAUGAAAGUUGUCCUUCAUCCUCAUGUGUGAUGUAUGAUGUCGAUAAAUUAAGUGCCCUGACAUAAUUCUUUAAUCUAACUUUAAUCUCAAGAAUCUGUGGAGAGAAAAAAAGUGUCCCUAAUCCUCUUCCGUACCUUUAUGCCUGUCUUUAUUAGUCUUUUAAUUUACUUAUAUUCAUAGAUUUUAAUUAGUUUACAUGUGAAUCUAAUUUUCUACUGGUUGUGUAUUUUUUAAAAAAACAAAAAAGAAAGAAAAAAAAAAAGAGUUGAGCAAUAAUAGCCUGCGGCCACAGGACGGCGCUGUUUGACAGCUCACGCUUAUUCACAGCUUGUGUCUGUGCUGAGACAAAAAAAGGCGUCAUUUUAUAAAGUAGAUUUGUUUUUCUCGGCAGAGUUAGGAAUAUUCUGUUCACAUCUACAGGCUCAAAGUCACUCCUCAUUCUUCAUCGUUUUGUUCCAUCCGGUACUUCCAGACGUUGGUUCAUGUGUCUUGGUUUUUGUGGGAGGAGAGGUGAGAACAAAAAAAGGAGGUGAAAGAGUGUGUGAGCCACUGUCGUAGCAUGUUUCCACCCGUGAAGAAGGACCGGAUUAUUACUCAGCUCCCUAAGUGUUUUAGUCCAGAUGCAGCGCUGCACACCAAAGACAGUUUCCACCCGCAGGUGAAGGCUGUUUGUCGGGUGCAGAAGUCAGACACAGUGAGCUUUAAUAUCGCCAAAGUCAUUGUCGUGGGAGAUGUUUCCGUUGGAAAAACGUGUCUCAUCAGCAGUUUCUGUAAAGGUGAAAUUGAUAAGAACUACAAAGCGACCAUAGGUGUGGAUUUUGAGAUGGAGCGUUUUGAAGUGCUUGGCGUUCCCUUCAGUUUACAGUUGUGGGACACAGCAGGUCAGGAGCGCUUCAAGUGCAUCGCGUCCACCUAUUACAGAGGAGCACAAGCCAUCAUAGUGGUGUUUGACUUGAGCAGUGUGAGCUCACUGGUACACGCCAGGCAGUGGCUAGAGGACGCUAUGAAGGACAACGACCCGUCCAGUGUUUUACUCUUCCUUGUCGGUACAAAGAAGGACCUGAGUACUCCAGAACAGUUGGCGAAGGUCGAGCAGGAGGCGAUCAGACUCUCUGAGGAAAUCAAAGCAGAAUACUGGGCCGUGUCUGCAAAGUCAGGAGACGGCGUCAGAGAUUUCUUCUUACGCGUGGCCUCUCUGACGUUUGAGGCCAGCGUUUUGUCCGAGCUCGAGAAGAACGGGUCGAGGAACGCUGGUGACAUCAUCAGACUCACAGAGACCAACCACACGCCAGCCAAGAGGAAACCCAACUGCUGCUGAGGAGAGAGAGAGAGAGUGGGACAAACACCUGGACGCGCCGUGGAUCUCACAGCAACGUGAAACUGAACAUAUGGAUUCACCAUCGUGACUAGAGCCCGUUAAACAGCUAAAAAGCGAUGCUUUAAUAUGUCUGCAGACGGCCUGAGAGGAAAUGACGGAUGAUCCACGCUGUGGGUUUGACAUCACGGCUGUAAAGUGAACAGUGUCCACAGUGUCUUCUCAGGAAUGUGUGCACUGCUGGUUUGUACAGAACAAUAUAAAAGCGUUGUGAUGUGCUAUCGUUGCAAAAAAAACAAUCUCCAUCGACAUCUUUUAUUAAACUGCACUUGGUUGAUUUGAUAAACAUUUGUGUCUGAGCUUUUUUUCUUUUUCUUUCUCCUCCCUGAAAUGACAGAAAUGACAGUGAGACCAGACCUAAAGUCAUCUUUUCACUUUUCCUCACUCGACCUCCUGUCAUGUGACUGUGUGCUGCUAAUGUGACACAUGCAGCGGCUCCCAUGACCUGA